UGCGUGCCAUGAACUGCUAUCAAUAACGCCCACCAUGACUGAGCCACGGCGGUCGACGAGGGCGCGCGCCCGCGAAGAAGUUGCCCCGCCGGCCCCCGAGACGCCCGCGGAGAAGGCUGCAAAGGGCGCGAAGUCGACAUUGAAGCGCAAACGAACCAGCAUCGCCGUCAAGGACUCAACGCCAAGCACGCCCGUUGGAGGAGCAACACAGCAGGGCCCUCAACAGACGCUGCCCCUCAGGAUCGCGGAAGGCCAGCCGCUGCCUACGCUCCCCGAACCGCAACCACUCGAUCUGUCCUCGGCGGAAUGGCAGAACAUCCAGCAGAGCGGCGUCCUCAGCGCGUCGCUGCAGCGGUCGCGCGCAGUCUGGGUGUCAGGCGUCAAUUUCCGCACCUUCCACAAGAAGCACACAAUGCCGAAGAAGUUGACCGAGCGGACGGAUGCAGACAAGGCCGGGAGGGCGAGGCAGAAGGAAAUCGAGAAGAACUUCCCGCAGGUGGGAACUUUGGACGCACAGCUUGUCAUUGAGCCGCAUACGUUCCCUAUCAAGCUGUAUGCGCCCAAAGAGGGCAGUCGAGCUGCACCGAAGAAGAUGCCGGCUCCACCGCAGCAGUAUGGAGCGUGGCCGAAUCACAGCCAGCACAGCCAGCACAGCCAGCAUCCUCCACAGUAUCAGCAAUACAACCAGCCGCCAUACCCACCAAAACAGCAGCCCCAACCACGACCGCCGCCACCCAAGCCCGUUCAACAAGCGCCUCCGCAGACAGCACCAGGGCCAGCAUCAACGCCAGCACCCGACCCGGUCAUCCACAUGCUCGCGGCAAGGGCAGGCACAGAUCCAGAGCUGAAGGCGGUGAUGAAGAUUGUGGCUGCUGGGCAGGCGAGCAAGGAGCAGCUCGAAUUCUUUCAGACGCACAUCAACGAGUUGACGGAGAUAUUGGAAAAGAACAAGAAAGCAAAGGCACCAAUGCCGCUGCCUCCUACUCCUGCACCACCGAAACACCAGGCACCAUCUCCAGCACCGCCGAAACACCAAGCCUCAGCUUCAGCGCCACCGAAACAUCAAGCUCCAGCUCCAGCUCCAGCUCCUACACCCCAACCACCGUACUAUCAACAACCUCCACCUCACUACGCUCCCCAGCAACCGCCACGGGUUACAUAUCGCCCACUUACAUUCGAGUUUGUGGAGGGUAAUGGCGACCGUUUCUACUUUCCUUCGUACAGCUUCAUGGAAUGGCUACCAAACGGCUCGGGCGCAAAGUUUAGUUUCCUUGUGACCAAGCUCAAGCCGAAGUCGGAAGCUGCGGUCAAGCCCCCAUCCACACCAGCGCCGCCACAAACUCCCACACCCGCAGGCGUGCCCACCAUAACACCCAGCGCAAACGGCUCACACAACCCACCAUUCCCACCGACACCGGCCGGUCCGACCGCUACACCCACACCUACGCCGUCUUACAUUGCUCCUCCGCGCAUCGAAGACUUCGAUGAGCGCAACGAUCUAAAAGACAUCGACUUCUACCAGCCGGUCACAGUCCUCGUCCUCACCGACGAGCACGAAGUCAAGAACGCCCUGCCACGCGCCAUCCGCCCGCCGAGCGUGGUGGAGAAGUACAUGGAAGAGGUAUUCGACACAUGCAAGCGCGCAGAGGAGACGUAUCUAGCUUUCAGGCUGCCCAAGGACGGCAAUAUGGAAGUCGAUGUAGGUGCCAGGAGCGGCGAUGUUACGCCGAGCGUGGGGACGCCGAUUGCGGAUGUGGUGAUGGGCGGGAUGGGAGCGGCAGUCGCAGAGAAGAGGAAGAGUACUGCUGGACGAUCGAGGAAGAGUAUUGCUGUAUGA